UCUCCCAGCAGACGUCACUCUUGCUGUUUGGACAAGAACUCAGUUCCAAACGGCGCUCUGGGAAUUCCCUGUGGGCGCAGACCUCCUCUCCGUCUCUGAUGUCUUCUGUGGACGUCACGGCCCUACAGAAGCGCCCGGACAGAGACGAGACGCUCUUGGCCCCGAAGCUCUUCAGAUAAGCGAGGCAGGGAGCAGCUGCCGGAGCAGCCCUGACAGAGAGAGGAAGUGCUCCGAGUGAAGGGCGAGCAGAUAAAGGAGGCAGUGGCGAAGGCCAGGAGGACCAGCCGAGACAACACCGCCGUCUGAGAGACACCUGACUCCAGGGACAGAAUGGACGAGCGGCCCGAUUCCAGGCCGGGAUUCCUGUGAGGAGAACCAGGACCAGCAGGGAGUCCCACACCAGGAGGGGGGGGGGUCUCCCCAUCAUGCUGGAUUCGGCCGGUUUCCCAAAGCCCAGCGGUCUGCUCCAGAAGAGCCACUUGGUCCCCGGGUAGAAUGACGAGGCCAGCCCACCGGAAUCCGCCUUAUCUGUGACCGGAGACAGUCUCCCCCUCAGCUCGGACCCCUCCACCUGCCGUCUGGAACCCCCCCCCCCACCUCCUCACUAUGUGGAUUCCAGCCGUCCUCCUAUGGAUGCUUAAAAUCUGCAAUCUGUGCUCAGGACAAGACUACCCAGACUACUACCAGCCUGGAAACAUGGGCACCCAGGUCCCGGAGGUGUCAGACGGGUCCAGCCUGGACUCGGUGGUCAGUGUGGACCAGCUGCUGCAGCUGCUGUACCCAGAGUACAGCCGCAUGCAGCAGUGCCUGAGGAGGAGGUCUCUGCAGCGCCCCCCCUCCUCCCCCCCCUCGGCCGGCCCGUUACUCCACUCCAGCAGCCAGGACCUGUGGGGGCCGUUCCGGGGGGAGGCUCUGUACAAAAUGGACGGGACGCUGGAAGUCAUCCUGGAGGAGAUCCAGAGGACGUCCUGCCAGCCCAGGGAGGCGUGCGUGGAGGUGGCCAAGGAGUACCCAGAAUCCACCAGUCACUUCUACCUGCCGCGCUGCGUGGCGCUGCACCGCUGCGGCGGCUGCUGCAGCAACGAGGCCCUGUACUGCGCCAACAGCAGCUACAGCCUGGUCAACAAGACGGUGAUGCAGCUGACCCCCAGGAUGGAGCGCUCCGUCUCCACCAUGGCCUUCGUCAACCACACCUCCUGCGAGUGCCUGUCCCGGCGGCCGCUGCACUCCGUCAUCAGGCGGGCGGCGGCGCGGCGCCCGUGUUCCCCUCCGGAGGCGGCCUGCUCCCCAGGCGCCGUGUGGGACCCGCUGGACUGCGCCUGCGUCUCGGCGGACGCCACGAGGGGAACAGGGACGCCGUACCUGGACCUGGACCAGGACCAGAACCAGGACCUCUACCAGGACCUGGACCUGCUGGCUCUGUGCGGGCCCAACAGGGUUCUGGACGAGUCCAGCUGCGAGUGUGUGUGUGAGAACGGGCUGACGGAGGCCAGCUGCGAGCCAGGCUGGAAGCUGGACCAGAACACAUGUGAAUGCCAGUGCGAGGGACAGGCCGAGGGGACGGCGUGUCCCGCCGGCCAGCGGUGGGACGGCGAGCUGUGCGGCUGUGUGUGUGCCGCCGACUGUCCCGGGAACCAGCCCUUGAACCCCGACACCUGCCUGUGCCAGUGCAGAGAGAGUCCACAGUCCUGCCUGAGGCAGGGCAAGAGGUUCAACCCCAGCACCUGCAGCUGCUACCGGCUGCCCUGCAGGAAGCCCCGCAGGACGUGCCAGGCCGGGUUCUACUACAGCCACCAGGUGUGCCAGUGCAUCCCGGACUACAUGAGGCCGGACUGGAAGUGACGGGGGGUGUCCUCCCCGGGGGACACCUCGGCCAGAGGACCACUAUUUACAAAGACCAGACUUUCAAAGAAAACUCAACCAAUGAGGGACCAGAGGUUCCCAGGAGGGACUGCAGGGAACCAGGAGCCGCCCCCCAGCAGACAACAAGGAUGGACAUCCUGCUGCUGCCAGGGCCCAGGGGACCACGUCUCCAGAGCCGGGACCCUGCCCCGGACAGUGGAGUGAUGAUGGCAGAGCAGCAGGAAGCUGAUCUCCUGCUGAAUAAAGAAGGGAACACACGGAGCUUCCUAACAACCACGUGGUUCUGCCGCAGCGCAGGUUCUGGAUUCUUCCGAGGCAGACGAUCAAAGAGUGCAGCUCGGAGUGAAUCCACUCAUUAAGUCUUCCAGUCUGGACUUGUCUCUGCAGCCAACAGCAACACUCUGCUGCUGAGCUGCUAAUGCGCCUAUUUAUACUGUUUCAGCUCAUAUUUAAAACCAGUCCAUCCAGGAGACCAGGACGUCCUGGACCAGUCCUUCCAGGAGACCAGGACGUCCUGGACCAGUCCAUCCAGGAGACCAGGACGUCCUGGACCAGUCCAUCCAGGAGACCAGGACGUCCUGGACCAGUCCUUCCAGGAGACCAGGACGUCCUGGACCAGUCCUUCCAGGAGACCAGGACGUCCUGGACCAGUCCAUCCAGGAGACCAGGACGUCCUGGACCAGUCCUUCCAGGAGACCAGGACGUCCUGGACCAGUCCUUCCAGGAGACCAGGACGUCCUGGACCAGUCCAUCCAGGAGACCAGGACGUCCUGGACCAGUCCUUCCAGGAGACCAGGACGUCCUGGACCAGUCCUUCCAGGAGACCAGGACGUCCUGGACCAGUCCUUCCAGGAGACCAGGACGUCCUGGACCAGUCCAAUCAGCUCUUUGUCAAUUGGGACUUUUCACAGAUUGUUUGAGUCAUGAAACCAGGGAACAAUACUCUAAAUACUGACAAUGGGAGAACAUGGGCCAGGACCAGGACCAUGGGACCCUGGUCUGGGAGUCCUGACACUCUGGAGAGAACAUCACUGUCCAUCCACUGAUCAUCUAUUUAAAACAUGCCUUUUGUUCCUACUGAAUCAGAGCGUCUUUGAAAAGCUGUUCUCAGUUCUGCGUCGACACCGAGAGCUAUUUAUGAUAGUUCUCACGUUUCUUUUGCAUUCUCCAGCAGACAGAGUCAAAACAUUUUCAAAAAGUUGUCUCAAAGUUGCAUUUUGCCCAUUUCCAUGGAGCCGGAGCGAUUUGGCGAGGUUAAAUUCCCAGCUUGUAAACGGGGCCUGAGGUCAGCGUUAAGCCAGUGUCGCUAAAUCAAUAAAGGCAUCUUGUGUAAUAAUAACGACAAUAAAACAGAUUCUCUGUUUUAACUCAAAAUGAAGCUCUAAAGAAAAUAAACGG